AGUCAUUUCCUGAUCGGCUGCCCCAAGUGCAUUUUGAUUGGCUAAUGCCUGUUGAGUGAAGGAGACGCGGGGCAGUUCUGGCAGAUUAGGAGGUCACAGAUCUGGUGCUAUAGAAAAAUCUGGCAGACGGAGAAGACAAUCCUCUAGUCCAUGUGAAGACUGUUUGGAGAGGAAGGGAGGAUGAGUGGACAGCCGGACUCAGCUGUCCCAGGAUCAGGAAAAGGCCUCGAUGCCACCGGGGCUGGGAGCAGAAGAGAGCUGUGGGGAGGAGCUGUGCAGAAGAGCCUGGGAGACAGCGUCCUCUCUCCAGAUGUGCAGCACCGGCAAUUCAGGCACUUCCGCUACCAGGAAGCCAAGGGGCCCCGAGAGGUCUGCAGCCAACUCUACCAUCUUUGCAAUCAGUGGCUGAAGCCAGAGAGGCACAGCAAGAAGGAGAUACUGGACCUGGUGAUCCUGGAGCAGUUCCUGAACGUCCUGCCCUCAGAGAUGCAGAGCUGGAUCAGGGAAUGCAGACCGGAGACCAGUUCCCAGGCAGUGGCCCUGGCAGAAGGCUUCCUCCUCAGUCAGGCAGAGAAGAAUCAGGACCAACAGGCAUGGGACAGGAUCACACAAGAGCAUUACAGCAGAGCAACUUUUCAGGGUGGUGCCAUACAUUCAUUGCCAUCUCUUUGUGGCAGAGAGAAAGCAGCUUCCAGGCAGCCUGACUGGGGUCUGGUGACCUUGGAGGAAGUUUCUGUUCAUUUCACUGAGGAGGAGUGGGCUCUGCUGGAUCUGGACCAAAGAAGGAUUCACCAGGAAGUCAUGGAGGAGAAUGGUCAGAAUGUGGCCUCUCUGGAGGCUGACCGUCCCCAGAACAAGUCCAAGGGAGAACCACAAAACCCUCAAUGUGACAGAAAGAAGAAGAAAAGAAACACUGGACGGAAAAGGAAGAAUGAAUGCUCUGCUUCUCAGGGUGCUGAAUCUGAGAUGUUCAGUAUAGACCAAAGAAUUAACACAGGGGAGAAAUUGUAUAAAUGCUUGGUGUGUGGAAAGAGCUUUGCCUCAAGUUCACAGUUUGCAAAACAUCAACGUAUUCACACUAGGCAGAAACCAUAUAAAUGCUUGGAUUGUGGAAAGUGCUUUGUUUGGAGAUCAGACCUUAAUAUACAUCAGCGUAUUCACACAGGAGAGAAACCAUAUAAAUGCUUGGAGUGUGGAAAGAGCUUUAUUCGGACUUCACAGCUUUUGAAACAUCAACGCAUUCACACUGGGCACAAACCAUAUAAAUGCUUAGAAUGCGGAGAUAGCUUUGCUCGGAAAUCACACCUUACUACUCAUCGACGAAUCCACACAGGAGAGAAACUAUAUAAAUGCUUCGAUUGUGGAAAGAGCUUUGCUUGGUGUUCACUCUUUACUAUACACCGACGAAUCCAUACAGGGGAGAAACCAUAUAAGUGCUUGGAGUGUGGAAAGAAUUUUACUUGGAGUUCACAGCUUACUAAUCAUCAACAAAUCCAUAUAGGUGAGAAAUCAUAUAAAUGCUUAGAGCGUGAAGACAGCUUUGCUUUGAGUUCAUGGCUUAUGAAACAACGUAUUCACACUGGGGAGAAACCAUAUAAAUGUUUUAAGUGUGGAGAAAGCUUUGCUUCAAGUGAACAUUGUACUUUACAUAGACGAGUCCAUAAACGGGAGAAACCACAUAAAUGCUUGGAUUGUGGAAAGAGCUUUGCUUGGUGUUCAGACCUUGCUGCACAUAAACGUAUUCACACAGGUGAAAAACCAUAUAAAUGCUUGGACUGUGGAAAGAACUUUGCUCGGCAUUCACAACUUUUGAAACAUCAACGUAUUCACACUGGGGAGAAACCAUAUAAAUGCUUGGAUUGCGCAAAGAGCUUUCUUUGGAGUUCAGACCUUAUUAGACAUCAACGAAUACACAAAGGAGAGAAGCCAUAUAAAUGCUUAGAGUGCGGAAAGAGCUUUGCUCGGAGUGCACACCUUACAAUUCAUCAACGAAUCCACACGGGGGAAAAACCAUAUAAAUGCUCGGCUUGUGGAAAGAGCUUUGCUUCGAGUGCACAGCUUACUAACCAUCAACGAAUCCAUACAGGGGAGAAGCCAUAUAAAUGCUUGGAGUGUGGAAAGAGCUUUGCUCAAAAUCCGCAGCUUACUAGACAUCGACGAAUCCACACUGGGGACAAACCAUACAAAUGCUUACAGUGCAGAGAUAGCUUUGCUUCAAGUUCACAGCUUUUGAAACAUCAACGUAUUCAUACAGGGGAGAAACCAUAUAAAUGUUUGGACUGUGGAAAGAGCUUUGCUCAGAGUUCACAACUUAAUAAACAUCAAUGUAGUCGCACAGGGAUGAAACCGCAUAAAUGCUUGGGUUGUGGAAAGAGAUUUAAUUCAAAUUCACAGCUUAUGAAACAUCAACACAUUCACACUGGGCAGAAAUAAUAUCUGAAAAAGUGAGAAGUGACUCAUGAAAGCUCAUGUUCUGCUACAAUUUUUUUUUUUUUAGUCUUUACAGUGAUCCUGGACACAUCCUCUUUUCUAAUACUACCGAUAGACUAACAUGGCUACCCAUCUCAAGAGUUACCAUAGAAAUGUUUCUAGUAUUAGUAGAUUUUAAGCCUUAAGCCCAACCUUACCAGGCAUGAUCAUCUAGACCUUUUGUGCUAGUUCAGGCCUGUAUUAUACUGUUGUUGAACUGGUAUUGGUUAAGAAGGCAUAUUCAAUUCUGUACUAAAAUAUUUGGGACACAGUUUAUUUUUAAAAAAAUAAAAAUAAAAUGAGAGUUA